AUGAGUGCAUUCCACGACGAUCCACUCGCUAAAGAGAGCGUCUUGCGAGCUUUUUCCCAGCAUUAUACUGGCCGGCUCACUGUUGUCCACGGAGAUUUCAGCACGAGAAAUCUCCUACUGCAGCCUUACCAGGAAAGCAAACAGGACGACAUCAACCUUGCUCUUGUUGACUGGGAGCUCUGCCGGUAUGGUUGUAUCACCAAGGACUUGGCCUCUAUGGUCUCGUGCCUCUAUAUUCAAUGGCAGUUUGAAGAUACGCCGUCCGCUGAGUUUAUGUUGCGUGCGUUCAUCCGUGGGUAUGGCCACGUAAGUGAAGAGUUAGUCUUUCAGAUGGCCGGGGUGAUCGCCAUUCUUAUUGUAAUUUGGGAGAAGUUCGGCAUAAUUAUUGGAGACAUGACUGAUGCACGAGUACGCGAAGUACAUCAACAUGCGAAUGAAUUCUUCGUUGGGGCUGCUCAGAGAGAUGCAAAGUGGUUGUCGCAGAGUAUCCUGAGCGGAUUCCUCAAAGAUUGA